UCUAAUAGGCACAAGGCAUGCGAUUCAUUGGAUCGUCAAUAACUGGAAUGAUGUGGGGAAGUGUCCUAUGUUAUCUGAUGGUGUGCAUUCCUCUGGCGGUGAUGAUGAUUUUGAUCAAGUAUGUAAUUCAAGCUGGAAAAAUCAAAUACCUUUGGACUCAGUUUGAAUGGCUCGUUUAUCCGGCUUGUAUGAUUAUCAUUUUCAAGGUACAAACAUUCUUCAUUGGACGAUUUUUCAUGCAACCGAAAAUACAUCAAAAUGAUAAACACAGGCCUUUAGCUGUUGAUAACAGGAACGCAUACAACAUUUUCAGUUUCUUCAUGGUGUUUCUGAAUGCCAGUGUAGGAGUAUUUGCGUUUCUUAAACGUACUUUAGUUAGCGCACUACUGGGUGUUUUCCUAAUACCAAGGAUGGACCGCUCCUUACUAAUGAGGGGAUACGAAUCAAUGGAUAAAUGUUAUGUAAAUUACAUCGGUAUGAUAAUGGUAGACGUUGCACAUAACCAUCCAGUUUUACGGACCUUCUGUUACCUCCUGAAAUCAAAGAUAGAGGACAGGAAAAUAAUGAAACGUCCGCAUUCUGGGGAACAAAUUAUUGCUAAUUUUGCCAGGAACUCCGCUAUAUCCACUACGAAUAAUAUAAGGAAUCGAAGAUGGUGGCUAGCAUAUACCCUACUUCGAAACCCUUCAUUAUCUGCAAUGCGAGUUCAUGAAUCAAAGAAGGACUCCCUGGUCAAUUCAACUGUUGAUCUGAAUGAAAUCAAGUGUUCGAAUAUUGAAUCCUCAAAGAUCAAUGACCAGCCAGGAGACAUCUGGGACUGUUCCUGUAGACUUAUUUGCUGUAGAGAGUACAAGUUUCGUAUCCCUCCAAAUUUGCUGACAAAUAUCUUUGCAGUUAUUGUUUUGCUUUCUAUCAUUAUCAUUUUUGCAUGUCUCCCUUUAAUUAGAUCAAAUAUGUAGUAGAACUUAACUUGUGGUAGGAUUAUGGAAGUGUAGGCCUACAUAUUAAGCAAGUGACUAUAUAACAAUGUAAUCUGAAAGCUACUGUUACCAGUUUAUGGAACAUAAAUUUGUUUUGUAUUCAUUCUGAAUUAAGUGCAUCAUAGCUGAAGGUCAAGUAUCAUCGGCCUUCCAUAUAUAUGACUGGUGGUAGGACAAUUAUCAAGAGCAACUGUAUACUUUAUACGCGAACAUAUAGACUAAGUGUGCCAAUAUAUCCGAAAAAGGGACAUAAAAAUUGCCUUUGAUGGCAUUCUUUGUUAAGGCAGCUAUUUUCAAGGUUAACUUUAUGAAAAUUGGGAAAAUUCUAGGAGGGUCGUCCCCUUCUUAAGGUCAUAGUAAGGAUACAGAACAAAGUCAAAUGUCAAAUAAGUGCAUUUUUAUCUCUAUAGAAAAGGGUAAACUUUUGGUUUGUCAUGACAUUUUGUUAAUAUACAAAGGUAACUUUAAAACUUCUGUUUUUAGGCUUACUAUUUCAAAAAGGCUUGGUUAUCAUCUGUAUGACUAUUUCAGGGUGUUCAAUAAAUAUUUACACGAUAAAUGUUAGAAUAUAGUAUUGCAAUUUUUCUAAUACGGAACAUCAAGAAAAAACUUAUUAUGUUGUAGUUACGGAUAAAUAUCUUAAGAGAGUUAGUAUUAUCUUUCUUUAAUUAAAAUACAUUUUUUUUUUAUUUUGGGUUAAGCGCCAUUUUGUCAAUAGUACCUCAGUCAGUUUGUGUCAGGCAAUUAACCUAGCUCGUGUUUCUGGAUUUUCUAAUAGCACUAGCCUGUUUCCAGCAAUGUCUCCUUAUGAUUCAGAGGUCGAUGUUUAAAUGACUCCUGACACAUGUUUUUUUAUCAAAUCGUCACGGAAAACAUCCGCUUGGCCUUGAGAUUGAACUCAACCUCGCGAUCCGUAGAACUGCGACCUUCUUUUUGAGCUAAGUGGGCAGACUGAAAAUACUUGUUUGUGUGCAUGAUAGUAAAGUGAAUUUAACACUUAAUAUGAGAUAUCUUAUAUAUUUAUGUUGAUCGUACUCUUCUCUCCUCUCCAAACAUACAACAACUUUCUUUUCGAAAUACAUUUUUCAAAGGUAUACAAUAAAUUAUCAUUCUGUUUUAAAGUCAAUGCAAAGUUUAGAAUUAAACUGUAUUGCUGCUUGAAAUUCAAUAAAUGCACUUGCAGUGUCAUACUAUGUCUUAAUAUAAGUACACGCUUUAUUUUGCUAUCAUUAAUACGUUAGAAGUACGUUUUCAAAAGUUCAGUUUUUACGUUUGAGCUGUCUUUGACCUUUGAUUAGUCAGUACCAAAAAUAUGUCUGCAUAGACUCAUAUAUAAAGAUUUGCAUAGAUGUCAAGAAUUAACACACGCCAUCGAAUUAACAUUUGCCAUAGCAGGUCAAUAUUUCAACACAAAUUAGAAGACACUUAAAUAAAUAAUUUGUAUUGAUACAUUUAUUUAAUAUAAAAUACUAAAAGGCGUUUAAACAUUAUUUAUAACCAAGUAAGGGUGUAAUGAAAAAAACACGAGUGAACAGCAGCAUAGAUUUUUCAAUGCACUCAUUUUACCUUAUACCUCCCAUUUAAAUUUCAUGUUUAGUGCUAAGGACCAUUUUCUUACCUAUAUCAGAGCAUUUACAAUGAAUUCCAUCAGAAGUCACAUUUUCCUGAGAUAUUGGCAAAGAAUAUUUCAUUAAAAUUUGCAUUAUUCCCCUUAUUUCAUUAGUAUCACUUAAAUUUGCCUCGUUUGGUCUGUUCAUUUUACAUUGUUAUAUAGGUUGUCAUAAUUUGUGUUUAAAUAUUCAAUUCUGUAAUCAACAGACCCUGCUUAAAUGGUAAUUCGAAUCGUAAAUUAAAAGAAACUAGGCCCUUAGCAAAUAUUUUUGCUUGCUAUCCCGAACAAUUUAAAUGAAAACGCCGCUUACAAUUAAGUUUUUUUUUCGCAAUUCCAAAAAAAAGGAGAAUUUGAUCGCAUUCAUUCGUCGGCUUCAGUGUCCCGACUGGAUUAUAUUUUGAUAUGAAACGAAACACAAUUGAUGAUCUGGCAUGUAACGCACAUCUUACAUAACUCUUGCUUAUUUUCCACACAGUUGUAGCCCUUUUUCCAUUUUGCAAUUUGUGUAACGCUUUUAUAUGUACGCAGCUAUCUCAUUAACCACUAGUUGGAUGGAUUAAAACUUUACUACCUUUUUUACUAUGCUGAUCUAACAUGCAACCAACAGGCUUUAUAACACUGAUUUUGGCUUUGUCACAACGUUAUAUAGCUUCUGAAACUUUUAAUCUUUUUUGUUAAGCUUUGUAUGCAUGUAUGUAUGUUUGUUUUAUUGACCACUUUUAACUUUACACAUUGAUGAGCCGACAUGCUGUACAGAUGUUCCAUGACAGUCACUCUGUUUUUGGCUUUUCAAAAAGUUAUACUCCUUUUUUACUUAGCAAUCAUUGGUUAAGGUUUUGUAUGUUAACAUGUAUCUCAUUUAGCAUAAGAGGGAAAAGUCCAAUGGCUUAAACAUAAGUUAAAGCAAAAUGGUUUUUGUCACUGAUUAUUUCCUUUAUCUUUCUUUAGUGACAAUGCUCUUAUAAAGUCGAGCUUUAUGUCCUCCUUUAAAGUUGAUAUUUGCCCGUUUUCAACAAAAUAGGUGCAAGCAUGGAAACAUUCAUGCAAUGGUAUUCAAAUUCAUAACAGAGAUCAGUUCAUAAUUAAACAAGCAAGUGAAUUAAUAUUUUUCUAAAAAUCUCCUAUAUAAAUAGUAGUACACAUGGAAAGGUGUUAAGCUUAACUAUUCAACCUAUUUCUUAACGUAUUUCAGGCAGACCUAAAGCUGUCCUCUUAAUAGAUAGCAUCAAAGGGGAUACUUCUUUAGGCAAGUGCUUACCCGAUAAUGCGUCUGAUGCAAUAGUGCAUGUGACGUGUGCGUCUAUGGGUAUUAAACUAAAUCUGGCCUCAUGGAACUUUUGCACCAAAACAUUUUCUAUGUUAAUCCCACUUUUCAGGUCAUCUUGAAUCCAUUUCAUACAAUCUUUAAAUGAUUGUCUGCCAAACUGGCAGAAAUAACAUCGGUUUGAUUAAAUACGCUAGUAAAAUUAAAAAUUCAUAUUGGUCAACAAAUGAGUAUUUAUUUGAAUGUAUACAUCUCCAUUUUAUAAGCAUACCCAUUUAUAAAAAUCUAGCAACAAGUGAUGGCCGUGCUUCGUUUGUUGGAGAAUAUAUUUGAACAUGUACCACUAAGCGAUUAUGUUUUCAAUGCAAACUAUGAAAUCAUAAGUUAGAAAGAACAUUAGCAAUUAGAAAGGUAAGUCCAAGCUGAAAAUAUCCAAAGAAAUUAAGUUAUCCAAACCGGCGUAAACUUAUUAUCCCGUUACAUUCAUAUUUCUACUACAAACAAUGUUGUGUGUCCUUUUGAACGUUAAUUGAUGCAUACUUAUACAAGAUUAUCAUUAAGUAUAUUCUCACCCAUACUGUCGAAUUAUUUUGAUUUAACUAACAAUAAAAUUUUAGAACACCUAACAGGAAAUUGAACAAUCUCUAUGAGUUUAUAGAAGGCAUAUUUAAGCUAAUUACCAUUCAGAUUGCAAUCCAGGUGUGGCGAUUACGUCUUUGGACAUUACCAGCGUUACUAAACAAAGUUUUUAAAAGGCGUAUAAAUAUCUUCAAAGACUUACAUGAUGUUCUAUUGUUUUCUGUUUUGAGCGGCCAUAUUGGACAGAUGCAAACACAUGACUACCGUUGUAGUUACCACACAAUAUAAACAUUGAGAGCAAAUAAACGACCUUUAUGAUCCCAACCGCCAAUAGCGCAAAAGUAAAACCAUCAUACUUGCAAGUAAUCUGAUUGAAAAAUGUGUUGAACAACUUUAACAAAGAUUAGUCUUUUCUUAGACUAUCAGUAUCAGGGAAUUGUAACAAAUACUUGUUUAAUUGAUAUGUCUUCAUGUAGUAUGUGGCUUUCUGUAAAAAGUACAACAUUAGAAUUUAAUUUUUGGUACAGUAUUAGUAUUUUAUUGAAUACAUUGUUAUAUCAUUUUCGGAAGUACAGCAUUAUGGUACAUGUAUAUCUUUUAACCCUUUCACAUGCAAAUGAAGUAUAGAAUUGUUUGAUGUUCUGGUGUAGUGUAUUUUGAUAUUUUGUUAGUAUUUCAUACGCUUAUUUGCAUGAUAAUUUUCGCACUAUUUUUGUACCAAUAAAAUACUGUGAAGAAUUAGUA